AUGAAGUUCGAGUUCCUCUUUGCUAUCAAUGGUCUACGAUUCUGUGAUACAAAACCGCACGACGAUUAUCUGGGCUAUUUUGUGUAUGACAUGCAGGAAUUUUACAUGAAGUAUGUACCAGGCACUGGUGUUGAAUUUUGGAAGUUAGCUCAAGAAACUACUCAGCGAAUAAAAGAAUUUGUGAGGAAAGAAGCAUAUGUCGUUGAAGCCAUGGUAAUUAGUGGAAUAAUGAAGCUAAGAGAACUUUUGAAAUUAUUCAUUAAUGAUAAGUUAUUUCCAAAAUCCGGAUGCAAUUUCAUGUCAAGUUUCGGAUCUUUUCACUUAGGCGAACAGCAGCAUGACACUUAUAAACUACAUGAAUGUAUUAUAAACAGUCUUGUUCAUAAUAUAAACUGCACGUUCUAUCAUUUUAACCACACCAUUAAUGGUAAAAUGACUUGGCAAAUAGCGAGUAAUAUUGCGGUAGAUGGUAAUCACGUUGAGAAAUUUGCUAACCUUUGCUUCUAUAGAAUUAGUGAACUGGCACUUGGUGUAAUCUAA